AUGCUCAACGUUUGUUUCCGCACCGUCUCCCCCAGUCCAGAGACUCGUAGAAAUGUAAUCAGCAGAAUACACAAUACUUCUAGACUCACCCAAGGCGAGCGGUUGCCCCAAAACCCUCGAAUUCAACAAAUUAAUCAUCAACACACACGGUACGAGCAACGAUGUGUUCUCUGCGGCCGACGAGCCAACGAAAAAAAAAAGAGAGAGGGAUAUCAAGGUGACAAAACAAGAUUCAAAACAUACAGCAGCAGGGAUUCCCACGUGGUCACCCACCGUAGUACUAAUCUGCCGUUCAACUGCUUAUGUAUGGCAGAGCGGACGGGAUGCCCAGUUUUCAGCUGA